GUGCCCUCCCCUUGUGAGCACAUGACUUGUGGUACUUCAGUGGGCCACAAUAACAGAGAUAUUUGCGGUGUAAUCUGGCUAUUUUUUCCCCUUUGGCUAGAUUUUCUGUGCUGUGUCUGUCUUGUUUGUGCAGAGUUCUUUUUAAAAUGAAGCUGAAGUGUUUAGUCGUUGUUCUUUGUUUCGGUGUGGGUGUAAUGGCUGGGAAAUACUCUCGGGAAGUGAACGAGCCCAAGCCGAGCGGCAGUGAUGGACAGACGGUGGAGUUCAGGAUAGCCAAGCUGAACCAGGUGUGGGAGAAGGCUAAAAGGAUGCAGUUGUCCCCAGUGCGACAGGCUGAGCUGCACAGUGACCUGAAGAUCCAGGAAAAAGAUGAGCUGCAGUGGAAAAAGAUGAAGGUGGAGGGGCUGGAUGAAAGUGGGGAGAAAGAGGCCCAGCUCCGACGUAACUUCAAUGUGAUCCUGGCCAAGUAUGGGAUGGAUGGGAAAAGAGACACAAGACCACUGGAGAGCAAUUCCCUAAAGGACCACGACACUAAAGAGGGAGACAUAUUUGACGAUCCAAGGCUGGACAAACUCUGGAACAAGGCUAAGAGCUCAGGGAAGUUCUCCAGUGAGGAGUUACUGAACCUUAAGAGGGAGUUCCAGCACCACAAAGACAAAAUCCACGAGUACAAUAUCCUCAUGGAUACCGUCAGCAGGACUGAGGAAAUCCACAAGAAUGUGAUUUCUCCCCUGGAGGGCGACGCCAAAGAGCAUGUGCUGCACCAGAAGCACACGGAGCUGAAGCAGAAAAUGAGAAACCUCAACCAGGGCUUCGAGCGCCUCCGUAAGCUUAGCCACGAAGGCUUCACUGAAGACAGUGAGUUUCGGGAGCCUCGUGUGAUUGAACUGUGGGAGGCUGCCAAGAGAGCCAACCUCAGUGAAGAUGAGCUGGACUCUCUCAAGGAGGAGCUGCGUCACUUCGAGACCAAGGUGGAGAAGCACAGCCAUUACCAGGAGCAGCUGGAGCUGUCCCACCAGAAGCUGCAACAUGUGGAGGCUUUGGGAGACAAAGAGCACAUCAAGAGGAACCAGGAAAAGUACAACACACUUGCUGAGAAGACCAGGGAGAUGGGCUACAAGAUGAAGAAACACUUACAGGAUUUGUCCAACAAGAUCUCUCGUGAAGGACUCCAGCACAAUGAGCUCUAAGAGGCUGAGGUCAUGGUCAUCACAUCAGUAAAGAUGAUGAUGAACUGAAAUAAUUCCCUCUACAACCAACCACAACGUACGCUACAUUCCCCCAUUCUCUAUUAACUACUGUAAAAAAAAUCAGUCAAAAAAAAAUCAAUGUUUCUACUUUUCUAGUGUUAUUAGUUAGUUUUACAAAUUGAUGAAUUAAUGAAAUGUGGGUUGUUUGUACAUACUAUGCAUAGAGAUUUGUUAUAAAUCAGCUGGUCAAAUUACCAGUCAAGGUAUAGAUAAAAUAAAAAUUAAAUAGUUUACAUACUA